AUGGGUAAGGAAAAGAAUCACGUUAACGUCGUCGUCAUUGGUCACGUCGACUCUGGUAAGUCUACCACCACCGGUCACUUGAUCUACAAGUGUGGUGGUAUUGACAAGAGAACUAUCGAAAAGUUCGAAAAGGAAGCCGCUGAAUUGGGUAAGGGUUCUUUCAAGUACGCUUGGGUUUUGGACAAACUUAAGGCUGAAAGAGAAAGAGGUAUCACCAUCGAUAUCGCUUUGUGGAAGUUCGAAACUCCAAAGUACCAAGUCACCGUUAUCGAUGCUCCAGGUCACAGAGAUUUCAUCAAGAACAUGAUCACUGCUGGUAUCUCCAAGGACGGUCAAACCAGAGAACACGCUUUGUUGGCUUACACCUUGGGUGUUAAGCAAUUGAUUGUUGCUGUCAACAAGAUGGACUCCGUCAAGUGGGACAAGAACAGAUUCGAAGAAAUCAUCAAGGAAACCUCUAACUUCGUCAAGAAGGUCGGUUACAACCCAAAGACUGUUCCAUUCGUCCCAAUCUCUGGUUGGAACGGUGACAACAUGAUUGAAGCCUCCACCAACUGUCCAUGGUACAAGGGUUGGGAAAAGGAAACCAAGGCUGGUAAGUCCUCUGGUAAGACCUUGUUGGAAGCUAUUGACGCUAUCGAACCACCAACCAGACCAACCGACAAGCCAUUGAGAUUGCCAUUGCAAGAUGUCUACAAGAUCGGUGGUAUUGGUACUGUGCCAGUCGGUAGAGUUGAAACCGGUGUCAUCAAGGCCGGUAUGGUUGUUACCUUCGCCCCAGCUGGUGUUACCACUGAAGUCAAGUCCGUCGAAAUGCACCACGAACAAUUGGCUGAAGGUGUCCCAGGUGACAACGUUGGUUUCAACGUCAAGAACGUUUCCGUCAAGGAAAUCAGAAGAGGUAACGUCUGUGGUGACUCCAAGCAAGACCCACCAAAGGGUGCUGAAUCUUUCAACGCUCAAGUUAUUGUCUUGAACCACCCAGGUCAAAUCUCCUCCGGUUACUCUCCAGUUUUGGACUGUCACACCGCCCACAUUGCCUGUAAGUUCGACACCUUGAUCGAAAAGAUCGACAGAAGAACUGGUAAGGUCAUGGAAGCCAACCCUAAGUUCAUCAAGUCUGGUGAUGCUGCUAUCGUCAAGAUGGUCCCAUCCAAGCCAAUGUGUGUUGAAGCUUUCACUGACUACCCACCAUUGGGUAGAUUCGCUGUCAGAGACAUGAGACAAACUGUCGCUGUCGGUGUUAUCAAGUCUGUUGAAAAGUCCGACAAGGCUGGUAAGGUCACCAAGGCCGCCCAAAAGGCUGGUAAGAAGUAA